UUGGAGCAAAACAUGGCGGAUUAUUAUGCAUCGAAAAGGUGGAGGGAGAGCUUUUGAUAGAAAACGAAGCGAAACAAAGGGGAAGUCCACAUCACAACAAGGCCAUUCUUUUCACAGGCGUAAUUUUAGAUUGUUUGCUGCCCCUGUAUUGUUUCUUUUUGUAUUAAUCCGCUCUGUAGCCACGAAUGUUUGGGCCCUUUUGGCGGUUGUGAUAUCCCACAAUUUAUUUACCUCGCAAAGAAACCGGUUCAGAAGUAGGCAAGGGGAUGCAGAGGCACCAAACGUCAUGUUGUCGAAUAAUAAAUCUUUGGCUUCUAAAGUUGGGCCUGGAGAGCCUGCCCUUGUAAAACAAAAACAUCAUCAUAGGAAGGCGUUUGAAUACAUAUCGAGAGCAUUGAAGAUUGAUGAAGAAGACGCAGGACGUAAGGAGCAAGCAGUUGAGCUAUACAGAAGAGGCAUUGGUGAGCUUCAGAAGGGAAUCGCAGUGGACGUGACAGGACCGGGUCAAGCCUUUGAUAAAGCGCGCAGACUGAAGGACAAAAUGGUGACCAAUUUAAUGAUGGCUGAGGAUAGGCUGGAGGUUUUAGAAAAGGCUUUGUCAUGUGUUAAGAAGACAGAGGAUUCUGAGAGCACGGAUAGAGUUGCUCCCCUUGCAAGUAAGCCAGAGUGCUCUGCACCCAAGAAUGGCUACCACAAAACGGCUGGGGCAUCUAAGACUGCUGGAGCUGCCAACAAACCCCUGAAGCCAAUGAAAAACCAACUGAUGGUGCAUAAGAGUAACACACUACCGAGGUCAAGGAUAACCCCUAGGGUGGGGAUCAGCCCUACAUCAUCACCGCGGCGACCACUCCCUGUCAGCAGACAGCCCUCCAUAGACAAUUUAAAAGACUUACCUGUGAAGAAGAAACAGUUGCCGAGCAACCUGAAAAAUGUUGAUAAGAAGCUAGCUAAUUUGAUAUUGAAUGAAAUUGUUGACUCCGGUCCCCCUGUUCGUUUCAGUGACAUAGCUGGUCAAGACGUAGCUAAGCAAGCAUUACAAGAGAUCGUCAUCCUUCCAGCAUUACGGCCAGAGUUGUUCACUGGUUUGAGAGCUCCGUCCAGAGGCCUUCUGUUGUUUGGACCUCCAGGAAAUGGCAAAACAAUGCUGGCUAAGGCAGUGGCGAAUGAAUCUAAAGCCACUUUCUUCAACAUCAGUGCGGCAAGCCUGACUUCCAAAUAUGUAGGAGAAGGUGAAAAGUUGGUACGAGCGUUGUUUGGUGUGGCACGUGCCCUUCAGCCAGCAGUUAUCUUUAUAGAUGAGGUAGACUCUCUGCUUUGUGAGAGAAGAGAAGGAGAGCACGAGCACAGCCGCAGAUUGAAGACAGAGUUCCUGGUGGAGUUUGAUGGGGUGGCAGGUUCGUCAGAAGACCGUAUCCUGGUGAUGGGAGCCACAAACAGACCUCAGGAACUAGAUGACGCUGUUCUCAGACGGUUCUCUAAACGAGUAUAUGUAACAAUGCCAGAUGCUAGCACCCGACGCACAAUGUUAGCCCACCUCUUAAGAAAACAUUCCCACCCCUUGUCAAGGCGAGAGCUAGAUGAACUCGCAAGGCUAACAGAGGGCUAUUCAGGCUCUGAUCUCACCAGCCUAGCCAAAGAUGCCGCACUGGGUCCAAUCAGAGAACUCUCUCCCAGUGAAGUUCGCUCGAUGGAGGCUAAUAAGAUGCGGGGUAUCAGCUUGGCAGACUUCCACGAAUCAUUGAAGAGAGUAAGAAAAAGUGUUCCAGCAGAUAGCAUAGCCAAGUAUGAAGCCUGGAAUCAGGAAUUUGGGGACAUCACAGCAUGAUUCAACCUUGGAGCUGAAACUCCUGGCUUAAUACCCUGGGCAUAUCCACAUCCUGAAUCUAGGGAAUAUGGUCCAAGGUUAUAUGUUUUGCGUGUCUUGUUUGUGGGUUAAAGUACAAGUAUCUGAGUAUUUCCUUCCGUAUAGGACAGUAUCACGUGAGAAUGCUCUUGUGAGGAUGUUACAGCCACAACUACAAAUGGCUGAAAACGUCAAGGUGAAAAGGUAGGUACAUCUCAUCUCAAGUUGAUCAAGGGUUAAUUCUUCUUAUAUUGGACUUCAACACAAUGAUAUAUGAUGAUAUGUAGGUAUAUCUGCCAUAUCUUCCACUGUUUUAUAUGCAGCCAAAGACCAUGUAUAACAAUUUUGAAAUUCAGAUUCAAUCAACCUAUUUCAUGGUACAAUCCGACCAGUUGUAGGAAGGAGAGACGUAAUUACUGCCUGUCUCUCUGAAAGAGAUCUGGCCUUAAGGUUGUUUUGGUCUUGCCAAAAUGCUGUAUAUUUCUGAUAUCCUGCUGGAAAUCUGAAUACUUGCUUGUGACAUAUUGAUAAAUUUUACUCCACUAGGAUGCUGAGCAGUGAAUAUGUCAGGAAAUACUUCCAACGCAGUGCUCACUUGUUUGUGGAAAUCACACAAUUCUGACAACCCUUAUCAUGAACAGCUGUCAACAAUACCUUUCUUGGGGAUUGACAUCAUCAAGAAAUUAAAUGUUCAGUUUAGAUAAGCAUAUAGAAAAUCAUCUCUAAUUCCUCAACCUUUUCAUAUAUGAAAGAGCAAUUUUCACUGUAGUUUAUGCACAUUUUCAAUUUGAUUUUGGAGGAAAAAAUACAUUGGCUGGAUUGGUGAAUUUAAGGGCUUCACAAAAGGUAUAGCUUUAUCAGUCAACACAAAAUAAUGCCUUCAGAAUAUGCUUGAAUAAUCAUCUUGCAAACAUGCGGCGAAAAGGUUGAAAAAUAAAAGUCUCUAACUUGGAUGUUUGUAACCUUGGUAACUUCUACCAGGAUAUCUGAUGGAUUAGAUUGUCUAUAUUUAUACAUAUAUGCUGUUCUUUUUUUUUUUAUCCAUCUCUUUUUUUUAGUACUCUAUGCAAAUAUCCUUUAAUGUAAAUGUACAUUGGAAGCUGUCCACCUUUACUACCUUAAUCUCAAAAUACUUUUUUUUUCGCAACUGUUUGAAGUAAUUUUGCCAUGUAGUAUGGACAAAUGGAGAAAAAAAUAUUGUUGAUGUUAAAAAUGUUGAUGUAACUUACUGAUUAUAAAUGUUGGAAGUUUGGUUUUUCUGCUCUUUGGUUGGAGAUUUCGAGGGAUAUAUCUCUAAUGCAUGUAUUGUUAUGCUCAGUUUGUAGUUGUCCUAUUUUCAAAUGAAAAACUUGAACUAUUUGUGUAAGAAUACUUGCUGGCUAGGCUUCAUGUAUGUCAAACAGUAUUUUUUCUCUCAUCUUUCUAUGUGAUUGUUAUAAACCAAGAAUGUAUGACCCUGUAGACCCACUGAUAAGCUUUAUCUUAUGCACAAAUGGUGCAACGCUGAGAAACGAAGAUGUCAUUUUGCCUCAUUAUUUCAUCAAGUUAUUUUACCAUCAUUAGACUUGAGUAUUAAUGAUGUAUGAGGUUAUUUCUGGUUGAUUGUGUAUAAUUAAUUGCUUAUGUUUUAGCCCAUGUUUGGAAUAUGCAACAUUAUAGUGUAUCAACCAGCCAUUGCUAUGAAUGUUCAUUAGUUCUUAACUGACAAACUUGCUUCUCUCCCUUUACUUUGAUCUCCUGUGAUAUGUGUGAAAAAUAUUUGUUUGGUGUGGUGAGACACUCAGCUGUUGUACCUUGUCCUUGAACAUGUUAAGAGACAACCAGUAGAUUUACAAGAAGCCUCAGAGGUUAAGGUGUUAGAUACUAGUUGGUGUUGAAGAAAUGUGAUAUUGUUUAACACAUAAUUUUUUAAAAUUUGUUUUAUUAUUUAUUAAUGUGCUUCUAGAUUGGUGAAUAAGUUGCUCAACCAGUUGUAUUGGCUGUUUAAUGUAUGGGAGUAUAGGCAUUGAUGUAGCAUCCUUAUAGAGCAAGGAGAUUCUAUUACAAAAGUCUUACACCAUCUGAAAUUUUACUGUAAUUUUGAAGAUUUUUUUUAACCUGUUUAACAAAAUAUCUUAGCGAUUCAGGAUAAUGAAUGCAUGCAAGAAGUAAAAUUUCACGUUUCUGACAUAUUCUUCCGCUAACAGCGUGAUUGGCUAUGAUCUUGUCUGACGACUCUCAUACGUGAUCCUAACUGAGCCUUUAAUUAGAGCUAGCAGGGAUGUGGCUAGAUCAGCAGUGCAAAGAAAUCUGCAUUUUAUCAUAAAUUUCUUUCAUGCUGGAAGUACAUAUUCCCAUGUAUUACUGAUACAAGUCAGUAUGGAGAAAUAUUUGUAUGUAACAGGAACUCACACACCACAAGAAAAAGAAAAAAAUGGCUUAGAUUCAAUAGCGUGGACAAGGCUACAUUACAAGAGUAUCGUGUAGCUGUAGAAGUAAAUGUCAUGCUGAAAUGGUCAGUUUGAUGGCUGUAAAAAAAAAAAUAACUCAGCUAUGCAGUGUACCGUUCUUGCUGUGUGAACAGAAUUAUAACCGGUCAAAUUUUCUCAUUUGUCACCUUUUCAUUUUGCACUCCAUUGUUAUCACAUCAUUCAUUCAUAGAAAUUAAGGAGCUACAUGGUUUACUGUCUGACGUUGUUAAGUUCAGGAAAAACUUAUCAUGUACAUGGGUGUAUAUAUAAUUGAUACGGUAUAUACUUUUAUCAUCCGAUUGGUAAAUGUACACAUAUUUAUUAUGCUUACAUCUUGAGACCAUUAACCAUCAGCAGUCACUCAUGUGUGUCUCUGCUAGACAUCUUUGUCGACAUGCAAAGCAUGGCCGUUGUUCUUUACCCAUAUUACAUCAUUUUUCAAUUGUGAGGAACUAUGUACUUGUGCCUAAGCUUUUGCAGAGUGUAAAGGAAGGAAUUGUAUUUAACUAUUAUCUUCUUCAAUCUUAUGAUACCCAAUACUACAGAGCCAACUUACGAAAGACGAAAGUUGUGAGUCACUUCUUUAAUGUACAUUAUUAAAGAAAGAUCAGGCAAAAAAAAAAAAAGUUACAGCCAAGUGAAAAAUGAAAUGAAGUAUAUGAAAUACCAUUUUGUACUUGACCUUAAACUGAUUAUAGGGUUCUUGUGAAUUUCUUAAUCCUUGGGUUAAUUGCUCCACUGAAAUACCCAAUUUUCAUUGUAAGUUGUAAAAAUGUUAAGUAUUGAAAAGCAGUGAAAUUUACACUCAAAUGCUUAUCGAAUUGUCAAGAUCAUGCUUGUUUUUUGCAUUCAUGUUGGAAUACACCAACAUGUAACAAUCUUUGUGAUGAAUAAAGAAAGGUUUAUGUAGGUAUUAUGUAUGUUCAUUAUAUAGCAAGUGCUCAGGGUAGGCUGUUGUGGUAUCUCGUCUAGUCAAGUCAGUGUAGUUAGGAGCUAUAUAUUCUAUGCUGGCCCAUGUUUUGUGUCUGUGUGUACGUGUAUUAGACGUUGUUGCUUGUUCUGGUGUGCUCUUUAAUACAAAGUUCUUUGGGUGUAAUUAGGAACAAAUUUGUGCAGUUUAGUUGUCCCUUGGGGAGAAAAGCUUUUGAAUACCCUUUAUAAGGCCAUUAUACAUUUUGUGCUUCUCUUGAAUGAAGCUAAUAACUGUAUCUGAGAAUUUAGGAUAUGUCUUUCGCCCGCAGAUCAUAAAGUUGUCUGUUUUGUGGAUUUCAAAGCUGUUGCAUUCCGUAGAUGGUCAUGCAUUUCUGCUGUCCUUGUUUAUUUUUUCAAGAUUUUUAUUAUUUAACCUGUUUAACAGGAUGCCGUGUGCUACUUCUUCUUAAGUGCUACGUAUCUGGGAUUUUUAUAAUUGUUUUUCAAUUAACACCUGUGCAGUUACAUUCUCUGUCAAACUUAACACUUGUGCACAGGUAUCAUCUUGUCUCAGCUUGUCAUAUUUGUUCACCAGUUGUCAGGCCCAGGGUACAAAUAAAGUAGCUAAAGUAUACUGCGGCACUGUUGAAUGUUGAAAAUAUAAUAAACAGGUUGACAAAUGGGCCCUAAUGCAUGGCAUAUGUGACACAGAUACAGGCUGUUUCAUUAUUUUUAUUGUUAGAGGUGAAGAGCCAAAGAAUAUAGUUACCGUGACAGGCAUACUUGUUAAUGAACUAUACAAGCACAAUUAAUAAUACUGCACCUUUACUACAUGAGUUGGAAUUGAACUUGUGCACAGAGUGUGAAGGUGUGAGGCUAAAUUUACAGGUAAAUUGUCACCUGGAGAGAAGUAAGAGGCAAAAAGGGAUGUUUGUACCGAAUUACCCUAAUGUAGGGUAACCAACUCAAACUGACUCUAGUGUAUGAAAGUUUUUUGGUACAAACAACAUGGUUCGCCUCCUUUAAUGUGGACUUCUGUGUAGGUGUUAUACUGUUCUUACCAUGUCAAUCAUCAGGGGAGAUAAUUUACAGCAGUGUUGGCUCUUGUAUGGUUGACCCAUCUCCAAGCCUUGAGUUAGUGUUGUGAUAUCAGUUAUCAGGCUUGUUGGGUCUGGCUAUAGUGUCUCAGUAGAAAUAUUUGUAAUCUACAGUAGUGUCUUUCAUCUUAAUUCACAAUUAGAGUAAACAUCAUCUACAUGUACUAAUGCUGACCUUUUGUGUUUGUUCUUUUUUGAAUGUGUGCCCUAAAAUGACAUAAAA